GGGGCGAGCAAGCUGCAGUCGGAGUGAUCCAGCUGUCAGAAUCUCUCAGAAUCUCUCCGGAGCUCUCGGCUCCCUGACAGCUCAUUCAACAGCUCAUUCCUGGUCGUCUGCGUGGUGUCGCUGCAGGACAGGACCAUGACGGAGGCUCUGAGCAGUCCCAACCGGGCCGGCGUGGACCUCCAGGAUCUGGACCAGCGCCAAGGUGCAGAGUCUGCGGACAGCGGCAUCGGUGUGGACGACCUGCCGGUUCCCCAGCAGAUCCAGGUCAGCAGCAUCACCUGUGAUUCCUUCAGGAUCAUCUGGGACAUGGACGGCAGAGGCCGGGACCGGAUCACUCACUACUUCAUGGACCUCAACAAGAAGGAGGACAAAAGCUCCAACCAGUUCAAACACAUGGACGUGCCCACAAAGCUGGUGGCGAAGGCCGUCCCCCUGCCGAUGACGGUCAGAGGUCACUGGUUCCUGAGUCCGCGGACAGAGUACACCCUGGCCGUCCAGACCGCUGCCAAACAGCUGGACGGGGAGUACGUGGUUUCUCCGUGGAGCGAGAUCACCGAGUUCUGCACGGCAGAUUACUCCACCGUCCAGCUGAAGCAGCUGCUGCAGAAAGCUGAAGCCAUCUCCGGCCGGAUGCUUCCCUUCACCGUGUUCUACAGGAACCAGCUAAGGGAGUACGUCCAGCAGGACGGAGACACUGGGUGCAGCGUCAUGCUGCCGUCGGUGAAGGACAACAGCGGGAGUCACGGGUCGCCCAUCAGCGGCAAACUGGAGGGGAUCUUCUUCAGCUGCAACACAGAGUUCAACACAGGGAAACCUCCCCAGGACUCUCCAUACGGGCCCUACCGCUUCCAGGUCCGAGCAGACGUCCUCUUCCACCGGGACACCAACCUGUACUUCGGGGACUUCUACUGCAUGUACACGUCGUACCACUACGUGGUCCUGGUCCUGACCCCCGCCGGCUCCGCGGGGGACGUCUUCUGCAAAGGACGGCUGCCGCCGCUCGACCGCUCCGACAACCGCUUCCUGACCUGCAGGGAGGACGAGGACGGGUCGCUGUCCUUCCGUCACGCCCAGGACGUCACCCUGGAGGUGAUCUACACCGAGCCGGUGGACCUGUCUCUGGGGACGCUGGCGCAGAUCCAGGGACACCAGCUCAUGAGUCUGUCCACCCUCAACGCCAAGAAGGACCCGAGCUGCAAGACCUGCAACAUCAGCGUGGGACGUUAGCGCCGCCGCCGCCGCCCUUAGCAGCUAACUCGCGUCAGUGCUAACUACCUAGCUACGAACUAACUCCACCGUCCACGAAGACGGUUGAGGGCUGGCGGCUCGUCCUAGAGCGUCCUACUGGGACGGACAGCGACCUCUAGUGGCCACGGAGGAUAUUUGAGGAGAAACAGGUCACCAGGGGGGCGUCAAAGUGGAUGGAGACGUAAAUAAACAUGGAGACCUCCCCUUGUUUGUCCUCCCGCCUCCUGCUCCCCGCUAUCAGUGACUUGAUGGUACCAAUGACUUCACACAUCGUUUUUAUGAAUGUCAUUUUCUUGAAGUAAGUAAGUACUAGGGGUGUAACAAUAUAUAUCGUGCCACGAAAUUUCGCGAUACAAAAACAUCACGAAACGUGUCGUGGAGGUGACAAAGUGUAUU